GCGGAACGUACGGGCUGCCCGCUCGACGCCUGACCAGAAAGUCAGACACUCCGCCCUCUCCUCAGAGGUCCUUAGCCUCCCCUUCAGAGAAAGCAUCUUUUCUGCUCGCUUAGUUGAGAGCAAGAGGCGGGGGUAACAGGACCGGUGACAACUCCGAGUCUGCGUUUUAGUAAGGCGGCACAUAGGGCACCCCGCCGGACAGGCUCUGAAGAGAAAAGCCCUCGGCUCCGUUACCCCUACUGGAAGAGCUUUCUGCUUUCGUCCUCUUCUGCUCAAGAUGGUGGCGUCCCGGGCAAUUGGCAGUCUCAGUCGCUUCUCUGCCUUCAGGAUCCUACGCUCCAGAGGUUGCAUUUGCCGCAGCUUUACAACAUCUUCUGCUUUGCUGACCAGAACCCAUAUUAAUUAUGGAGUCAGGGGGGAUGUGGCAGUUAUUCGGAUUAACUCGCCCAAUUCAAAGGUAAAUACAUUGAAUAAAGAAGUACAAUCAGAGUUCGUAGAAGUCAUGAACGAAAUCUGGGCCAACGACCAAAUCAAGAGUGCCGUCCUCAUCUCAUCAAAGCCCGGCUGCUUUGUCGCAGGGGCUGACAUCAACAUGCUAGCCUCUUGUACAACCCCCCAAGAAGCAACACGAAUAUCACAGGAAGGACAGAGAAUGUUUGAGAAACUUGAAAAGUCCCCAAAGCCUGUUGUGGCUGCCAUCAGUGGAUCCUGCUUGGGAGGAGGACUUGAGCUUGCCAUAGCAUGCCAAUACAGAAUAGCAACAAAAGACAGAAAAACAGUAUUAGGUGUCCCUGAAGUGUUGCUGGGGAUCUUACCAGGAGCCGGAGGUACCCAGAGACUGCCCAAAAUGGUGGGUGUGCCUGCUGCAUUUGACAUGAUGCUGACUGGUAGAAACAUUCGUGCAGACAGAGCAAAGAAAAUGGGACUGGUUGACCAGUUGGUGGAACCGCUAGGACCUGGAGUAAAAUCUCCAGAAGAAAGGACAAUUGAAUACCUAGAAGAAGUUGCAGUUAAUUUUGCCAAAGGCCUGGCUGAUCAGAAGGUCUCUGCCAAGCAGAGCAAAGGCCUGGUGGAUAAGCUGACAUCGUAUGCCAUGACUAUCCCGUUUGUCAGACAACAGGUUUAUAAAACAGUUGAAGAAAAAGUGAAGAAGCAGACCAAAGGCCUUUACCCUGCACCUUUGAAAAUAAUUGAUGCUGUGAAGGCUGGACUUGAGCAAGGCAAUGACGCUGGUUACCUCGCUGAAUCACAGAAAUUUGGAGAGCUUGCAUUGACCAAAGAAUCGAAGGCCCUGAUGGGGCUUUAUAAUGGCCAGGUCCUGUGCAAGAAGAAUAAAUUUGGAGUACCCCAGAAGAAUGUCCAGCAGCUAGCCAUCCUGGGUGCAGGGCUGAUGGGAGCUGGCAUUGCCCAGGUCUCUGUGGAUAAGGGACUGAAAACUCUUCUUAAAGACACCACGGUGACUGGGCUGGGCCGGGGACAGCAGCAAGUGUUCAAAGGACUGAAUGACAAAGUGAAGAAGAAAGCUCUCACGUCGUUCGAAAGGGAUUCCAUCUUCAGCAACUUGAUCGGGCAGCUUGAUUACACGGGCUUUGAGAAGGUCGACAUGGUGAUUGAGGCUGUUUUUGAGGACCUCAAUGUUAAGCACAAAGUGUUAAAGGAAGUGGAAAGUGUGACUCCAGAACACUGUAUCUUUGCCAGCAACACAUCUGCUCUCCCAAUCAAUCAAAUUGCUGCUGUCAGCAAAAGGCCUGAGAAGGUGAUCGGCAUGCACUACUUCUCUCCCGUGGACAAGAUGCAGCUUCUAGAAAUCAUCACAACUGACAAAACCUCCAAGGACACGACGGCUUCUGCCGUGGCCGUAGGCCUCAGGCAAGGCAAGGUCAUCAUUGUGGUCAAGGAUGGACCUGGCUUCUACACCACCAGGUGUCUUGCACCCAUGAUGUCCGAAGUCAUUCGAAUCCUCCAGGAAGGAGUUGACCCUAAGAAGCUGGACGCCCUGACCACAAGCUUCGGCUUCCCUGUGGGUGCUGCCACGCUGGCAGAUGAAGUGGGUGUGGAUGUAGCGCAGCACGUAGCAGAAGAUCUAGGCAAAGCUUUUGGGGAGCGAUUUGGAGGUGGCAACGUAGAACUGCUGAAACAGAUGGUCUCCAAGGGCUUCUUGGGUCGCAAGUCUGGGAAGGGCUUUUACAUCUAUCAGGAGGGCUCAAAGAAUAAGAGCUUGAAUUCUGAAAUGGAUAGUAUCUUGGCAGACCUGAGGCUGCCUGCCAAGCCUGAGGUCUCCUCUGAUGAAGACAUCCAAUACCGUGUGAUAACGAGGUUCGUAAAUGAGGCAGUCCUGUGCCUACAGGAAGGGAUCCUAGCCACACCUGCAGAGGGAGACAUCGGCGCCGUCUUUGGGCUUGGCUUCCCCCCUUGUCUCGGAGGGCCCUUCCGCUUUGUGGAUCUGUAUGGUGCUCAGAAGGUAGUGGACCGGCUACGGAAGUACGAGUCUGCCUAUGGAAUACAGUUUACCCCAUGCCAGUUGCUCCUCGACCAUGCUAAGAGCUCUAGCAAGAAGUUCUACCAGUGACAGGCCCUCGUGCCCUGCCCCUCCAUGCAUUAACCCAGACCGGGCAGUGCCGCUUCUCAGCUGUGCUGUCCAAAUUAUCAGGAAGCAGGAGAAAGACCAAGGCUAGCCUUGAACUUGCUCCUCUGUCAUAUAGUGCCUUCAGCCCUGGCCCACUCUUCCUCCUGGUGAAGUCUGACUGGGAAUUAAGUGUUUGCACUUCAUGUUGGAGGGUGAGCCCCACUGUGCUUCUUUUGCAAGCCCUGCCUGAGACCCAAAUCAGCAGCUAAGAGUAACCCCAACACCUGCUGCCUAUGCCUUCCCAGAGGCCAGUGGGACCUGGCAGUGGUGAGGGCAUUUUUGCACCAAGCCAAACAGGAUAACAAUAAAAAUCCAGACUGUCAGC